AUGUCACUCACGCCGUCGACAUGGCGACUCCUCGGCCUCAGCGUCGCAGCAGGCUACAUCGGCCUGGGGACAUUCGCACUGGCGACGCCGAUUCUGGCGGCCAAAACGCUGGGCGUCUACCCUGCACCGCGGUCCGCCUCUACCACGAGUACAGAGUCCACCAAGUCCACCAACAACGGGUCCGUCCAAUCAUCAUCAUCAGAAGAAGAACAUGACGAACGCGUCGGCGCCUCCAUGGCGCUCCUCGCCGCGCGGGACAUCAGCAUCGGCGUCGCACUUCUCGCGUUCGACUACCAGGAACAGCCGCACGCGAUGGGCACGCUGAUCCUCAGCGGCAUGGUGUUGUGCGCGGCGGACGUGUUCUACGUGUUUAGGCUGAGGGGCUGGGAAUGGGGUGCUUUACUGGGCGGUGGAGCGGCGACGUGGUGUGCGAUUGGCGUUGGGUUGGUCGGGCUUUGA